GACGCCGUAGCGGGGUCGGCGGGCGCGUUCCUCUGGGCGGGCGGUUUGGGUGCUUGCUCGGACUGGCCGAGGGCGCGGGGCUCCGGGGUUCGGGGCUCGCCCCCCGCUCCGGGCAGGAGCGCCUAUGGCGUUUGUAAGGUGACCCUGCGCUCACCGACUUUCUCCGGGGGCGGAGGAAGCACCCAUGAACCCUUCGGCGACCUUCCUCGCCGGGCGCCAGAACAUCGGGUCAGAAGUUGAGAUUUCCACUAUCGAGAAACAACGGAAAGAGCUGCAGCUGCUUAUUGGAGAAUUAAAAGAUCGUGAUAAAGAGCUCAAUGAUAUGGUUGCAGUACAUCAGAGACAACUUCUUUCAUGGGAAGAGGAUCGGCAGAAAGUGUUGACUUUGGAAGAACGUUGCAGCAAAUUAGAAGGUCAGAAAUACAUAAGCAGUAUCUGUUACGCACCUCUAUAUGCCAGCCUAUUCAAAGGACUCAUGGGUGAACUACAUAAAAGAACUGAAAUAAUCAGGUCACUCACAAAGAAGGUAAAAACUCUUGAAUCAAAUCAAAUUGAAUGCCAGGCGGUUCUUCAGAAGACUCAGCUACAGCUUCAGGAAAUGGCUCAAAAGGCAACCCAUUCCUCUCUCCUCUCUGAAGACCUCGAGGCUAGAAACGAAAAUCUCAGCAACACAUUAGUGGAACUUUCUGCCCAGGUAGGACAAUUACAAGCUCGAGAACAGGCUCUCACUACAAUGAUAAAGCUAAAGGACAAAGAUAUUAUCGAGGCCGUCAACCACAUUGCAGACUGCUCGGGAAAAUUUAAACUGUUAGAGCAUGCCUUGCGUGACGCGAAGAUGGUGGAGACGUGUAUCGUGAAAGAAAAGCAAGAUUACAAGCAGAAAUUGAAGACACUUAAAGUUGAAGUCAAUAAACUGAAAGAGGAUCUAAAUGAAAAGACAACAGAAAAUAAUGAACAACGGGAAGAGAUCAUUCGCCUCAAGCAAGAGAAAAGUUGCCUGCAUGAUGAAUUGGUUUUUACUGCAGAGAGAGAAAAAAGGAAAGAUGAGUUACUUGAUAUUGCAAAGUCAAAGCAAGAGCGCACAAACGCAGAACUCCAUAAUCUGAGACAGAUUUAUGUAAAACAACAGAGUGAUCUGCAGUUUCUUAAUUUUAAUGUGGAAAAUUCUCAGGAAUUAAUACAGAUAUAUGACUCAAAGAUGGAGGAAUCAAAGGUUCUGGAGUCCAGCAGAGACAUGUGUUUGUCAGACCUUGAGAAUCACCGCCCAAAAGUCGACAUCAAGAGGGAGAAAAAUCAGAGGUCAUUGGUUAAAGAUGCAAAAUUUGAGACCACGUUCCCGCAAAAUCGGUCAGACAGGAGCCCCUGUGAUGUGUGCAAAGAGAAGAAGCGACAGGGUAAUCCUUCGUUUGGGGAAAAAAGUAUAUUUGCUAUCUCAUCUCUGUUUACAAAAGACUUACUGGAGAAGCAAAAGUCUUGGUCUCUGGGAGGAAAAAUGCAGAUCGAACCGGAAAACCAAAGUAGAUUGUUCAAGAUCCACGCCAAGUCACCAAAAGGUAAUGGGAUCGGGAUUCAGAAUGAAGAGAAACAACUCUCCGACACAUCCACGUCAUCUGAUGAGAGACAGUGGCAUGAUGUCAACGUGUACCUGGGCCUGGCCAGCUGCUCCGGUUCCAGACAACCAGAAAAGCCGGAUGUUGAAAGUCAAGAUGACAUAGAAAGGUCUGGAGUCUCCUGUUGCCAUAAAAAUGAGACUUGUCUGGGGGAGAGUGACAUGUAUGAAUCCAGGUGCUGCCACCCGAGUAACUUCAUCGUUGAAGCCCCAGGCCCCAUGUCUGACAUGGAGUGGAUGAGCAUUUUCAAGCCUUCUAAAGUGCAAAGGAUCGUUCGCCACAAAUCUGUGUGUACUUGUUCGGAAAGUGCCGGUGGGAGGAAGUACAACUCCGCCACGAGUGAGCUAAUUGCCAUCCAGCAUUCCCACUGUUCGGGUUCUUCAAAAUCUGCCCCUAGAGAGGAUGAGAAAUUGAUAGAGACAGAGCCCUCUUCAGACACAAAGAACUCACCUAAGAUUUUGUUAUUCAACAAAGAGGCACCAUCAUCCAGUGACAAGGAUGACUUUUCGCCCACAAGCAAGCUUCAGCGUUUGCUGGCAGAGUCUCGCCAGAUGGUUACGGACCUGGAGCUGAGUACUCUGCUCCCCAUCAGCUCCGAGAAUCUCAGCAGCAGUGCCAGAAACAACUUAGAAGUCGCAGAAGAGUCAGCUCAGAAAAAUACCUUUCUUAGUAAUUGAAGAACACAAAAGUCAACUUGACUGUUCAUUGUGGUCGUAGGCACGGCCGGUUUGGGCAGAGGAAGUCUGAGAAAGGUGCAGUUGAUUCUGAGCUGUUGGAAACCUAAAAUGUCCCCGGAGAGGCUCAUUUCCAGUCUGAGAUACAAAAUAUGAAAAUUUCUCCUUCUCUUUAUGCUGGGUUCGUGGCUGCAUGCCAGCUUGCCCAGGGAAAAGAGAAGUAGAACACUGAUGAGAUGCUAAUAAGUAGGAAAAUUUCAGGAAACCAAAGAAUGAAAAGGUCAAAAAUUAUUUUGUGGGUAAAUGUAUUUGAGCUCAUAGGAUUAUUGUAUCUAAGUACCCAUCUCACCCCACCAUGUUAUUUUGAAUUAUAGCACAUGUAACUAAAAACUGGGGAAUCUUAAUAUUAUUAGCAGCUUAUCUGUCUCAUCCGAAAGUUACUUAAAUAUGUGAGCAGUUUCUGUUAGGAAGAGUCAGCCCUCAGUCUGUCUGAAAGAGUUGUGAGAUAAAACUGAGCUGCUAUAUUUUGUCAUCGGCAUUCUUCUGUCUUAAGAAUGGUACUGUAACUCCCCCACCAGAAAUUAUCUCAGCCAUCGGAAGAGACUGGUGUAAGGGUGCUUUCAGAAUCUGUAGACAGAUCUUCUAAAGAGAAACAGAAAUACCCCCAAAGAAAGAAAUUCUGAAUCCAUAUGUAAACACUGACAACAGUUUUACCUUAAAAGUUGUAGUAGAAAAGCCUGGUAUUCAGAAGCUUUGUGGGGUAAAGUUGGUUCAGAUGAAGAAACCAGACACAUUAAUCAGGACCACAGCAGACAAGGUAGGUUAAGAACCAGAGUGGUCUUUGAGAGGAGUUUAUCAGAUGAGGAGGGCACUUCAGUCAGUCCCAUAAAGGAUGAUUUCUGGGUUCUCAGCCAAGUGCACACUUAGGACAUCUAACAAAAAUAAUUUGAGCCCACAGUAAGUACUGCUUUGCUGGCCACUGGAGACACAACAGUGAGCAAAGCAGACUGAAUCCUUGUUUACAGUGAAGGAGACAGACCUUAAUUAAAUAAUCACAAAUAGGUCAUGAAAAACUGGUUAAGUGCUAUGAAAUAAAGCUCGGAGCUACUGUGACAACAUACAUCAGGGGCAUAGGUCAAAGGCGGAGGCUUCAGGGAAGGCUUCCCUGAACUAAAAGCUGAAAGAUAAGUAGAUGCUAACCAGCAAACAGGAAGAGGAAGAGCAUUCCUCAGAAUGGUAACAGCAUUCGCAAAGGCCCUGAGGUGGAAAGCAGCAUGAUACAUUUUCAGACCUGAUGGAUGAGGAUGGCGCAAGAUGAAGCUGGACAGAGAGGUUGGGGCCAGUGAUACACGUCAGCGAGGCAGUGUGGGCAUGGCAGCUCCAUCAUCUAGUUAACCCAAUGACGUAAAUACUGUUCAUCUUUCUUGGGUUUUCCUUUAAAUGAGGUGUUCAUAACCCAAAUCCUCUGCCUUUGUAAUAGCCUUUGGGAAGCAUGAAACAGCCCUGGAGAUAGACCAAAAUGGCACCCUGAUUCUGAUGAUAUGGAGAAUCUCAGCCCACCAGUGACCGAGCCAGUGCUAGAACUGGGUCUCCUGCCUGGAGGUGGUACCAGCAAUGAACCUGGACAAAUUCAGAGUGGGGAAGCUUACAUCCUCGUGUCCCGGCUGCUCGUUUUAUAAAACUAGGCCAUGUGUUGAAGUGUACUAAAUUACAGCAGGUUAUUUACUCACUUUUUCAACCUUGCAUUUCACACAUUUAUUGAACAUUGCUAAUGUGCCAGGCACUCUGCUAGGCACGGAGAUCAUAAAACGGAGUAAGAUGGUGUGGUCCUUGCCUCCAGGGGCUCAAAAGCUUCCAUACAAGCAGAUGCGUUCUAAGUCACUAGAGAUAUUUUAGCCAAGUGCUCUCGGACCCCAAUAAUCAACUAUUGUUAAAAAGAGAGGUAGUUGGGGAGCCUGGGGCCCCACUCCUCAGUGCGCCCUCAGAGAACAGCGCCCAAUGACUCCCGCCACCCUGGCCUCCGGCCGCGCUCCGAGCUGACCGAGCCUGCGACCGGUUCAAGGCAACCCCGAGCUGAGAGUCACUCCUCGGCUCUGUCUCUGUAGCCGGCUUCCCCGUUCUAAUACCGCAUCAAUACCCCAGUUUACCAAUUCCCCCACAAUGGUGAUCAUGGUGGGUUUACCAGCUCGAGGAAAGACCUAUAUCUCCACGAAGCUCACAAGAUAUCUCAACUGGAUAGGAACACCAACUAAAGUGUUUAAUUUAGGCCAGUACCGACGAGAGGCAGUGAGCUACAAGAACUACGAAUUUUUUCUUCCAGACAACAUGGAGGCCUUACAUAUCAGGAAGCAGUGUGCCCUGGCAGCCCUGAAGGAUGUCCAUGACUAUCUCAGCCAUGAGGAAGGUCAUGUUGCAGUUUUUGAUGCCACCAACACAACCAGAGAACGACGGUCACUAAUUCUGCAGUUUGCUAAAGAACAUGGUUACAAGGUCUUUUUCAUUGAGUCCAUCUGUAAUGACCCUGGCAUCAUUGCAGAAAACAUCAGGCAAGUAAAACUUGGCAGCCCUGAUUACAUAGACUGUGACCGGGAAAAGGUUCUGGAAGACUUUCUAAAGAGACUUGAAUGCUAUGAGGUCAACUACCAACCCUUGGAUGAUGAACUGGACAGCCACCUAUCCUACAUCAAGAUCUUCGAUGUGGGCACAAGAUACAUGGUGAACCGAGUACAGGACCACAUCCAGAGCCGCACAGUCUACUAUCUCAUGAACAUCCACGUCACACCCCGAUCCAUCUACCUAUGCCGUCACGGAGAGAGUGAACUCAACCUCAGAGGCCGCAUCGGAGGUGACUCUGGCCUCUCAGCUCGGGGCAAGCAGGGUGUCUGUGAGGAGAUGACCUAUGAAGAAAUCCAGGAACACUACCCUGAAGAAUUUGCACUACGGGACCAAGAUAAAUAUCGCUACCGCUAUCCCAAGGGAGAGUCCUAUGAGGAUCUGGUUCAGCGUCUGGAGCCAGUUAUAAUGGAGUUAGAACGGCAGGAAAAUGUACUGGUGAUCUGUCAUCAGGCUGUCAUGCGGUGCCUCCUGGCCUACUUCCUGGAUUAGAGUUCAGAUGAGCUGCCAUAUCUCAAGUGUCCUUUGCACACAGUGCUUAAACUCACACCUGUGGCUUAUGGCUGCGAAGUGGAGUCCAUCUACCUGAACGUGGAAGCCGUAAACACACAUCGGGAGAAACCUGAGAAUGUGGACAUCACCCGAGAACCUGAGGAAGCUCUGGACACUGUCCCUGCCCACUACUGAGCCUUUUCCAAGAAGUCAAAGUGCCUUAGCUCUAUCUCCCAUCUUUAAGAGCUGCUAUCCUUGCACAUCUCUUACCUUAAGACCCUGGACUUGGCCUACAGGUCUUGAUUUCUAGCUACAACCAAGGAGCUGUGUAGUUCUGAAUAAAACUUUUCCUUUCUUAAUUACCAAA